AUGGUCCCCGCAUACGGUCGCAUUCUCGCCGCGGUCUGCGCUCUCGCAACUACCGCCAAUGCUGUUGUCCCCGUUGAAGUCAAGGGAAAGGACUUUGUCAACAGCGAGACGGGUGAUCGUUUCCAGGUUCUUGGUGUUGAUUACCAGCCCGGUGGUACCUCCGCCGUCAACAAAAAAACCGACCCUCUCAGUGACCGCGAUGAGUGUCUGCGCGAUGCUGCGCUUAUGCAGAGACUGGGUGUGAACACCAUCCGUAUCUACAACUUGUCGCCUGAGCUCAACCACGACGAGUGUGUCUCCAUCUUCAAUGCCGCCGGAAUCUACAUGAUCCUCGACGUUAACUCGCCUCUGUACCCCGGUUAUAUCGACCGUACUGCUCCUUGGGAAACCUACAACAAGGACUACUACACCCAGGUCUUCGGUAUCGUUGAGGCUUUCAAGGACUACCCUAACACUCUGGCUUUCUUCGCCGGAAACGAGGUUAUCAACGAGGACAGUGUUAAGCAAGUGCCUCAGUACAUUCGUGCGGUCCAACGUGACAUGAAGGAAUAUAUUGACAACCACCUCGACCGUGCGAUCCCCGUCGGUUACUCCGCUGCUGAUAUUCGCCCUAUCCUUGAGGAUACUCUCAACUACUUCAUGUGCGAGGAUGAGGACUCCCCCAAGUCCCACUCCGACUUCUUCGGCCUGAACUCCUACUCCUGGUGCGGAGACGCCGACUACAAGAGCUCCGGAUACAACGUCCUCACCGACAUGGUUAGCGACGCCACCAUCCCCGUCUUCUUUUCUGAGUACGGCUGCAACGAAGUUAAGCCUCGUGAGUUCACUGAAGUCGCCGCCAUCUAUGGCGAGGAGAUGUCUCAGUCUUUCUCUGGCGGUCUCGUCUACGAGUACACCCAGGAAGACAACGACUACGGUCUUGUCAAGCUCAACAACAGCGACACCGCCACCCUGCUCAUUGACUUUGAGAAUCUGCAGAAGCAGUACGCCAAGCUCGACAUGGACCGCAUCCGCUCCUCCAACUCCAGCCAGACCAACAUCAAGCCCAUCACCUGCAGCUCUGACCUCAUCAAGAACGGUACAUUCAGCAGCAACUUUACCCUCCCCGCUAAGCCCCCAGGUGUCCAGAAGCUCAUUGACGACGGCUACGACAAGGUCACGGCCGGCAAGCUCGUCGAUGUUGAGUCCGAGGACGUCAAGCAGACCAUCUAUGACCACACUGGCAAGAAGGUGACCGGCCUCAAGUUGAAUGUUCUUGCCGACGGCGAGUCCAACGAACCCGGUGGCAGCACUGGCUCCAGCUCCGGCUCUAGCUCCGAUGACGACGACAAUGCCGCUGGCAUCGUCGCUGUGCCUGUGGGCCUGGCCACUAUUGCCGCUACCCUGUUUGCUCUGGUCAUGCUGUAA